AUGCAACCAGAACAACUACCAAUGCAACCAGAACAACUACCAACACAACCAGAACAACUACCAAUGCAACCAGAACAACUACCAAUGCAACCAGAACAACUACCAAUGCAGCCAGAACAACUACCAACACAACCAGAACAACUACCAACACAACCAGAACAACUACCAACACAGCCAGAACAACUACCAAUGCAGCCAGAACAACUACCAAUGCAACCAGAACAACUACCAACACAACCAGAACAACUACCAAUGCAGCCAGAACAACUACCAAUGCAACCAGAACAACUACCAACACAGCCAGAACAACUACCAAUGCAGCCAGAACAACUACCAACACAACCAGAACAACUACCAACACAACCAGAACAACUACCAAUGCAGCCAGAACAACUACCAAUGCAGCCAGAACAACCACCAAUGCAACCAGAACAACUACCAACACAGCCAGAACAACUACCAAUGCAGCCAGAACAACUACCAACACAGCCAGAACAACUACCAAUGCAGCCAGAACAACUACCAACACAGCCAGAACAACUACCAACACAGCCAGAACAACUACCAAUGCAACCAGAACAACUACCAACACAACCAGAACAACUACCAACACAACCAGAACAACUACCAACACAUCGCUACACAAAGAUCUGA